GCAGAUCGUAUGUACUCGCGGAUCAUGUUCCUCGGUGCAAACCAAUGACACUAACAUGAAUGUAGGCUGGUGGUUCACUGGCUGUGUGUUCAGACGGGUGUAUGUGUAUGACAUAACGCAGAUACGGGACACCGUGACCGGCCUUUAGUCAGUGACGUACACUAAUGGGGGAAUUUAGUUCUAGUGGUAAUGCGAACAUUGGUUUAAGUGUAGUGGAGAUAUCUGUGAAUUCGUCGAAGAGCAGCCCGAGUACGUUAUUCUACACCACACCUACGUCCUCGUCAAGUGGUAACGGCACUGAUACUGGGAAAAACUACAAUCCAACAAUGCAAGAUGAUCUCUCUGACAAAGCCGUGGCAGCCGUCAGUGGAGCUAACGGAGACGACUUGUCAACUGUGGGAUCGACGGUUUCGUCUGCUAUAGACAAGAAUGCAGCUGCGGUUCCCAAAGACUGUGACACUUCCACUGUGAACGAUCUCGCGGACAAGCUGAACGAACAGGUCGCUAGGAACACGAAAACGGUUCCUUCUCUUCCGCCUCUGUUCCACCCAGCUGAGCCCAGUACACCAGCUGGAGCGCUAUGGUCCACAGCUAUCGAAGAUACUUACGUCCCGAAUUUCACCAACGUGAACGGGGGCAUGGGGUUUCAGAACUUUCCUUCCCCAACACCGCAGCAGCAGCUGUUCGGUAACAACCUGAACCAAAACCACGUGAACCAAGGCAGAAGAGCCAUAACGGCCAGCCACAAUUUUCCUCAUAAUAUGACGAGGCAGCAGUCUUUGUCCAACCAUCCGUUGUACAAAGGAUACGGUUCAUGGGCCAAUCCGCCUGGCCAAAACUGGUCUCCGGGAAACUCUUCAGUUUGGAAUCGCGGACGAAGUGUCCCAAAUCUCACCCCGUUGCAACAAAUGGGAGUAGGUCUCGCGGGUCGAAAGCCUAGUCCCACUUUCAACCAGCAGCAAGUUAUUUCACCUGUGAAAUUCAGGCGCAGCACUUCGUAUCCGGGAAAAGGACCGUUUCCACAGCCGCCUACCUUCGAAAUCACCAAUAUGGAUGAAGCUAGAGAACUCCUGCCUUAUCAGGAGCGGUGUGGUGUAGUUAGUGCGAAUGGUAGUAGCCCUUUAGAAAAUAUGAGAGGACUAGAACAUUAUUUGAAUGACAUUAUGAGUCCCCAAAGCAAUGCCAAUGAUAUGAAAGGAUUUAUUAACACAAAUGUUUUCCCAUCGUUACAGUUACAUG